GAAAACGCGGUUAACAACGGUCUUGUGUAUUUUCGGCAUGGUUAUUGACUAUUGUUACAUUUUAUUUAUCUACUACAUCAACUAUAAACACUAUUAGUGUGUUGUUUUAAAAUGUUGGUCAACAAAAUGGACGUAAAGUAAUUAUUUUCUUCGGUCGAUAUGCUAAAGACUGCCAAUUGUUCGAUUAACGAAGACCUCGUACCCGUUUUGUACGAUUCAUUGAUCAGAUUGCAAAGUAAAAAUCAUUUUAACUCCGUUUACCUAUGGGGACGUCUGCAAACGCUGUCGGACGAUUACUUUUUAGCGUACGGCCACUAUGGCAAUCCGGUGAACAAAAAAAACGUUUUUUUACAGGUAAACUUUCAAUGGUCAGUGCGACACGUGCAAAUGGUCAAUUUAUUCAAACCGUGGACGGAACAGAUGGCAGAGGACAUCACGCCGUCGAACAUGUCGGCUGACGUUUAUGGAGAAGGCGAAGAAAUCGUUCCCGAAGGACGGUCUAAAAAAGAAAUCUCCGGUUCGAGGGAUUCGGACGCGACCAAGAUGAUUAAAGAGGAAGACAGAUUGGCAGUUGCAGUAGACAUGAUUGAAAACGAGACGCAUGUGGUGCUCCGGGGCUUCCUGUAUAAACUCCCCAAUGGAAAUAUAGUGAACGCGCCGUGCUAUAAGGGUCUGGAUCAUUCGGAAAUAGACGACUUACGCAAUUUUCUACAUCUGAAAGAGCAAUUUCCAUCAGCCAAAGGGUCCGAAAGCAAAGCAAAGCUACGAUGUUACUAUAAUGCGUCCAUAGACAUGCUGGAGUCCAUUGAAAAUGACAUCCCCAAGGACUGUUGGGCUGCACGAAUCAUAUUCAACAGAUAUUUUGUGAUGCACAACCUGUUGUGGCCGGGCGCAGUAUUUUUUCAAGACAUGAACACCGGUGUACACGGUUUUUUCUACAACGGCGACGGUAUCAAAAAUUUAGAUCUACCAUUUAUGCUCAAAUGUUAAGCAAAUUUAAAGACAACCGACAAUAAAAUAUUUAAAUUUGUUUUUCAUUAUCUGGUUAACAUAAUAUUUGGCAACUCUAAGUAGAAUACACAAUUAACGGGCAAUGAAAUAAAGAUUUAAAGUGUAAAAUUUCUUA